UGGAGAUGCCAGCUCCGUCUGCUCCCGCCGGGAUCCCCCACCUGCGCCCGUGCAUACUGCGCUCCCGCUCGUGAGCGAGUGCAGCGCGCCGCAUUCUAUCCCCGCUUGAUUUUCGCCAGAGCCUCUCGGACAAGCAAGCGGCUGCGACGGCGGAGGAGGAGAGCGGUUGAUGCGCGGCGGAGGAGGAGGAGGAGGACCCGGGAGGAGGAUGGCAUCCCCGUGGCUCGUCGUCCUGGCGCUGGCGCUGGCGUGCGCCGGGCCGCCGCCAGCGCAUUGCAAGCGGGCCCGCCAGCCCCGCUGCCCCGCGUCCUGCACAUGCACCAAAGACAACGCGCUGUGCGAGAGCGCCGGCCUCAUCCCCAGAGCCUUCCCGCCCGAUGUCAUCUCACUGUCUUUCGUCAAGUCCGAAUUCGCGGAGAUCCCCAAGGAGAGCUUCAUCCACACGCCCGCCCUGCACCUCCUCCUCUUCACAGCCAAUAACCUGGACAGCAUUGACGAGGACGCUUUCCUCAGCCUUCCCCACCUGGAGUAUCUGUUCAUCGAAAACAACCAGAUCAAAUCCAUAUCGCCGUACGCUUUCCGAGGAUUGAAGACUUUGGUGCAUCUGAGUCUGUCUUACAAUAAUCUCGAGACCCUCCCGAAAGAUCUGUUCAAGGGGCUGGAAGCCUUGACAAAAAUAGACCUGCGAGGGAACCGGUUCACGUGCGACUGCAAGCUAAAGUGGUUGGUGGAGUGGAUCUACGGCACCAACGCCACAGUGGAUCAGAUCUACUGCAAAGGCCCGUCGGCACUGCAGGACAAGAAGAUCAACGACCUCGUCCCGCAGUCCUUCGACUGCAUCAGCACAGAGUUCGCGUCAUACCAGUCCCUCAAGUUUGAAUCCAUAUCCGUGGAGGCCUUCACCUUCGGAGAAGAUCAGUACGUGGUCUUUGCUCAGCCCUUCAUCGGCAAGUGUAGCUUCAUGGAGUGGGACCACGUGGAGAUGGUCUUCAGGAACUUUGACGACAUUGACAGUAAGCACGAAAAUAAAAUGAGGUGGGCUGAGGUAAGCGCGAAAGGACCAAUUGCCGUUUCCCCCACCCCCCCAGGCACGUCCACGGUGAUCUGCAAACCUCUGGUGAUCGACGAGCAGCUCUUCAUCAUCGUGGCUCAGCUGUUCGGCGGCUCGCACAUCUACAAGCGCGACAGCUCGGCCAACAAGUUCAUCAAGCUCCAAGGGAUCGACAUCCUCAAGAUCCGCAAGCCCAACGACGUGGAGACGUUCCGCAUCGACGGCGAAUCCUUCUUUGCCAUCGCCGACAGCUCCAAGGCCGGCUCCACCACCAUGUACAAGUGGAACGGCAACGGCUUUUACUCGCAUCAGUCGCUCCACCCCUGGUACCGCGACACCGACGUGGAGUACAUGGAGAUCUCGUCCAAGCCUCACCUCAUCCUGUCCAGCAGCUCCCAGAGGCCGGUCAUCUACCAGUGGAACAAAGGCACCAAGCUCUUCGAGCGGCGCACCGACAUCCCCGAGAUGGAGGACGUCUACGCCGUCAAGCAUUUCCAGGUCAAGUCGGACCUCUUUCUAUGCCUGACGCGCUUCAUCGGCGACUCCAAGGUGAUGCGCUGGGACGGCGCCCUCUUCCGCGAACUGCAGACGGUGCCGUCGCGCGGCUCCAUGGUGUUCCAGCCCUUCGCGGUGGGCAGCUGGCAGUACGCCGUCCUGGGCAGCGACUACUCCUUCACUCAGGUGUACCGCUGGGAUGCCAAGAAGGGCGAGUUUGUCCACUUCCAGGAGCUCAACAUCCAGGCGCCCAGGGCCUUCUCGCCCGUGUCUAUCGACAACCGUCAGUUCCUGCUGGCUUCCAGUUUUAAAGGGAAAACGCAGAUUUACGAACAUCUGGUCAUCGACCUGAGCAACUGAGCGCUACGG